AUGAUGAUUGGUAAAUGUGUUUUUGCUCGAUGCAAAAGCUUGUUGGAAAUCAAGAUUAGCAGCAUUGUAGAAUCAAUUGGACAGGGUGCAUUUUCAGAAUGCGAAGUACUGAAGAAAGUUGAGUUUGAAUGUUCCUCGUCUUCCCUUCAUCGGCUAAAGUCAAUUGGCUAUGGGGCUUUCAAACGUUGCCUUUCACUACAAAGAAUCAAGUUCCCCUCGUCUGUGAAUAUGAUUGAUCAAUAUGUCUGUAGUGACUGCAGAGUCUUGGUUGAAGCAAUUCUAUCGAAAACGUCCAUCACCAAGGUGCCCAACCAUGGAUUCGCUGGUUGUGGCUCCCUUCAAACUGUGAGCCUACCAAGUUCAUUGGAGUGUAUUUGUUCUUAUGCAUUCAAGGACUGUAAUUCCUUGGUUACUGUGAUGGUGCCUCUGGAUUCAAAGCCUAUUUUCAUUGAAAUCUCAUCGGUCAUGAACUGCGGAUCACUUGUAAAUCUUGUGCUUCCGCAAGGGUCAGAAGAAACAACGUCAUCGGAAGCUUUUCAAGGAUGUCCACUUUUGGAAAAUCGCUUUGGUAAAGGAUCAGAGAGUAUCGUCGCCGGUUUGGUACACCGGUUUGACAACUUCCCAGUUCACAAAAUGUGCUACGACCAUUCCUCUAUCACCGCCCAAGAACUUUGCGAGUGUGUUCAGAGUACAAUGGGCAACGUUUUACCGCUCGUGGACGGCUUCGGAAUGACUCCAUUCCAUCUCCUCUUUUCGACUCCCGAGCCAAGCGAAGAUCUGCUCAAAGUCCUCCUAGACCAUGAUCCGUACCAUGCGAUCCUGGACCGCAAAGAUGCCAAUGGCAAACGACCACUUGACUAUUUAAUGUCCAACUGGACUGAAAUAACCGCAUCUUUGCUUCAGAAAUCACUACAAAAAUGGAUGGUUGAUCCGCUUGCCUCUUGGGGUGCUGCAUCCUGGAUGGAAGCCAUGCAGAGUAAGGUACAAGCCGUACUUGCUGCAAAUAACAAGGUACAAAGAGCAUAUCUAUAUCAUGGAGCGUAUACUGUCUUUGAACAAUACAAAGCCAUGGGGUCCAUUUCAAUCUUGGAGAUGGCCUUGUGGAAACUUCAGCUCAGGGGUGGUUGGAACAAUGAUGGCACAAAGCGACAGGCGCUGGACCGAAGAGCGUGCCGUUGUGUCUGUGGAUCGGACGCUGCGAUUCCGAGAAUAGUGGCAUUCCUGGGAGUUACAGUAACAACCAGUAAAGGGUCUUAA